AUGAUUAAAAUAGUAAUUAUUUUUUUAUUUAUUAUAUUUUUUUUUAAAUUAAGUAUAAAUUUUAUAUUAAUUAAAAAUAGAAAAAAUUUUUAUUUGUUCAUAAUAAAUCAAAAAAAAUGGAAUACAAAAAACAUAAACUUCAAAAAAUCAAAAAAUGUACAAACAUAUUUAUGGGGUUAUCCUAUAUAUGAUGAUUCACCAUUUAAAUUGAGGAGACCUAAAAUUUAUCCAAAUUUUGAAUAUGGUGAAUUAAGAAAAGGACAAGAUUUUGAUUAUGUUAUUAGCACUAAUAUUAGUCAAAAUAACUAUAAAAUACCAGAAAUUGGUUAUUUAUUUAAGGUUGACGAAAUGGGAACAGGAAGAACGGAUGAUGUUCAUACACCUAUUGAAAUGGUUUUUGGUGAAAGAGAUAUUGAUAUGAAGGAAGUCGACAAAAUUAAAAAAGUUCUCAAUAUAUUUGAUCAAGGAAAUGGUUUAGGAAUUUGUACAUUGAUGGGUGCUAAAAGAGCACAUUUUGCCUUUAAGUAUAAUGGAUAUCUAAAUCAUUUUCAUGGUAUAAAAAACUAUUUAAGAUUUUUAAUUAAUAAACAUUACCCUGGAGCUAAAGUAACACUUAUUAGUGAGCAUUGGAUUGAUUCAAUAGAUAAACCUGUAUCCAUAAGGCAUUGUAACAUUCCUUUUUCAAAAAUUGGAUAUCAAAGAAGAUUAGUAUUUGGAAAGUAUGAUUAUAUAUAUGAAAAUGACAAAAACAAAAGAAUAUAUAAAGGAGAAAAUAAAAGUAAUGUAUGGGCUUUUUAUGAUGAUCCGCAAAUGUUAACAUAA